AUGCAGAACUGUAUAUUGAAGCUUGACGCGGACUUGAAACACCCUGAUAUUAAGAAAGACGACAUACCACAAUGGUACGAGUUCCUGGCUAUGCAUAUGUUUUGUAAGAACAUCGGAAACUAUGACCGGGAGAGUUUGAAUACUGAGCUUCGUCGCAAGUAUGCAAACGAGCCUCUUGAUCUGGGACACAGAGUCAAAGUUUCAUUUGAAUCGACUACACUGGGAUCAGUUCUAUCAGACUGUGUCCACUGUAUACCCUCCCGGACGUGUGACCUCUCGGGAGAUGGUGAUUGUGAUACUAAGAAACCGCGAGAGCAGAUUGACCAAGGAUACGUAUCUUGGUAG